AUGACCCUGGCGGCUUCCUCCCAGCGCUCCCAAAUCAUUCGCUCCAAGUUCCGCUCUGUCCUCCAGCUCCGGAUCCACAGACGGUAUCAGGACCCGAUCUCGGACCCAGACCCGCGGAUCUCAGCCUCCGGGCCGGCUCUGGCCCCCGUCCCGGCCUCGCCCGCGGGCCCCGCCUCUUUCCUCUCCAGUCCUGGGGUCCUGCACCCCGAGCCACAGCGCUGCCCGUGGAGGCCCCAGGAGGAUGCGCCUCCCAAGGUCUCCCAGCGCUGGACGGAGGCCAAGUCCCAGGGGAACCUGACUUACCACCAGUACCUGCCCCCCGAGCCGAGACGAGGGGCCAGGGCAGACUCCCAGGCCCGAGGGGCGGCCGGGGCUGCCCCUCAGCGGCCACUUGCCUGGGCAGAGACAAACACCCAGCAGCCACCUCCUAGGAUGAGGGCCACCGCCCUCCCCGCGGGUUUCCCCGGGGCCCCCAGCCCCUCGCCUCCGCCACACAAGUUGGAGCUUCAGACCCUGAAACUGGAGGAGCUGACGGUCUCGGAGCUCCGGCAGCAGCUGCGCCUGCGGGGCCUCCCGGUGUCCGGGACCAAGUCGACGCUCCUGGAGCGCAUGCGCGGAGGCGCCCCGUCCCGCGAGCGGCCUAAGUCGCGGCGCGAGGAAGGUCCGGCGGCCACGCCCUGGCCGCGCCUCAGGCCCAAGGCCCUGGCCGCCGCCCGGCGACACUCGUCCAAGCCCAGCCCGGCAUCUCCCCCACCGCCUCCGUCUCCUGCCGUGGGAACCCCCGUGCCCCCUCCGGCUGCCGCUCCGGCUCCGCCUCCGCUUCUGGCUCCAGCUCCGGCUCUGGCUGCAGAACCGACCCCUCCCGCAGCACCAGCCGCAGCACCAGCCGCGGCAGCCCCGACUCUGGAGCAGGAACUGCAGGAAGCGAUCCGGAGGGCGCAGUUGCUUCCGAACCGGGGCAUCGAUGACAUCCUGGACGUUCAGGAGGAGCCUGAUGACCUGCUGCCCCCCAUCCCCCUGGACUUCCCUGGCUCCUUCGACGUGCUGUCCCCUUCCCCAGACUCUGAAGGCCUCUGCUCUGUCUUCUCUUCCUCGCUCCCGUCCCCCACAAACUUCCCACCCGCCUCUCCCAGGGGCCCCACGGACUCCUUGGACUGGCUGGAAGCUCUGAGCGGGGGUCCUCCGCUGGGCUGUGGCCCCCCAGCCCCCAGCGUCUUCUCUGACUCCGGCGGCCCCCGGCUGUGGGACCUGCUGGAGGGUCCCUGGUGA